CUUAUUCCUAACGAAUUUAAAUCUAUAAUCGCUUCAAUUAACUUCUAAUAUCGAUGUCUAUGUGUGAGUAAUAGACGUUGAAAACAUUUUGUAAAUUACAAGUGAUUUUUUAAACAGUAUCCACGAUAAUAGAAGACAAAUAAAACCUUGAAUCUCUCUAGUACAAAGUAUUGAAACAAUGUUCUACAUAGUUCUGCUAUUCGCCGCCGCGGCGCUACUGAGCGGUGGUCGCUCCUCGAACGUCAACCGACACAUGAAACUGUUGGAAUUGGAUAAUAAUAUUCUAAACGUACAAUCAAGGCAGGUGACAAAGAAAUUCAUAACGCUAGUAACGAAGCCGAAACCCGUGAUCGUUCACUCAUCUGGAGCCCCGCUGGAGUUGACAUGCGAGGCUUUAAGCUCUCCAGCGCCAUCUAUACACUGGUUCAAAAACGACGCGCCCGUUUACGAGUAUGACUUGGAGUCUAACGAGAUAAUAGACACGAACCCCACGUCCCUUGCCCGCGUGUCGUCAACUCUCCUAGUACGUGCUGGAAGCGCGGGUGACGCUGCGAGCGCGGACUACUCCUGCCUGGUGGUCGCGGGACACAACACACUUCGUGCAUCUACUAAAGUCUAUAACUAUAAUGGCAGCACCGACUUAUCAGAACGCAACAAGCUGGUUCCUCUCGCGCCGAGAAUCCUGGUGUCGUACAAAGUGCUGGUGGACUGUAUCGGUUGCAAUGUUGUGCUGCCAUGCCGCGCACGUGGUCACCCGCGCCCCAAACUCACCUGGCGUAACAGCUCCGGCCGGCCGGUCGGCAACGACCCCAGAAUGAAGGUGCUCCGUUCGGGAGAGCUGGUAAUAUCUUCUCUCCUCUGGACGGACCUCGGCGAGUUCACUUGCCGCGCGACGAACAUGUUCGGGAGCACGCACGCCAGUACUUUCGUCUACCCCGCACGACCUGAAUGAGAAUCAUCUGAAAACAGAAAAUCAAAGUAUACUUAACAAGAAUGUUCCUGUAAAUUAGUUUGUAUUUGUUAGGGGCCGUGCACACUCGACGGUCGAAACGCUCAACUUUUUAAAUCGCACCCUGAAAUAAACUAGAAAUUUUUAUUGUAUUAAAAGGUUAAGAAAUUAAAAAUAUAACAUUGUAAUU